AUGGACGUCGUGCUAGCUUCAUCUCCGGUGGAGGCGGGUGUGGAGUGUUGGGACCUGCGGACAGGGGCGGAGCAACUCCGAUAUCGUAAUUGCGCGUCCGCCCCCCAUGGGCUUGUCUCGGUCGCCGGACGCUUCAUCGCCGCCUCUCAGCUCAGGGACAGCUCCUCGUCUUCGGGCUCCGUACUCUACUGGUCAUGGGACAAGGUUAGUUUUGCACCUUGGUGCAUUGAAUUUACUCUCCGCGCCUUGUGGAUCCCAAGAACACACAAUCGGGGGCAGUCCUUUUACACUUCCCUUGGUAAGCGACCUGUUUUAAAGCAUGUGAAUUCAGUUCCGGGAAAUCCUAUAACAUUCCUGUUUUUCAUUCACUUAAAUGGACGGCGAACACCCAAACCAUCUCCACAUGUGACUCGGUUGUGUUCCACAUUUUCUAAUGAUUUCCCGCGUUAAAUAUGUCGUAAUGCAUGGGACAAUGUCUUCUUUCCGCUCGCUCGGCUUGUGAAACGGUGGUAAUCUCUUCUUUACUUUGUAUGGGCACGCUAGACACCCGUUUCAUGUAAGCUUGACUAUGUUUCCUUCUAACAUGUCUAGUCCAAUUAUGGCUAUCUUUUGUUGUCUAAGUUGGGUAAACUGAUGUUAUUGGACGAAAGAUUUUCACACUAUUGGAAACUCAUGUGUGUUACCACCAGCGAACGACGAAAUUGGAAUUUUUUCGUCAAACGUCUCUCUCUGUGUAAAUAUUUAUCUUUCUGUUUUCAUAAAUAGACGACGUUUGUGCAAGGUUGUAGUCUGGUGUGUGUUUAUAAGUGCUAUUUGUAUAGACGGAUCUGGCCUUUCACGUGGAGCGGGGUAAUAUGGAAUUAUGUUUCAGGUCUUGUUCCGGUGAAGGUCUGCGAUCCGCCUCCUUCUUAGUGCAAUAUAUGGCAUUGUCAAUAUGUGAUCGUCCACAUUGUGUCCUGUUUUCUGUCAUAAAGUGCUCUCCAACCUCCAGCGCGUUCUGAGAUCUAUUUAUACUUCAUAUCCUAGCAGCUGAAUGUUCAAUGAUCUCCAUCAGUACGCUUUCUUAUUAAUCUGGAAAUACUUCACCAGAUGAUGGGAUUACGAGCUCCAAGUUGUUGGUCUUCGCUUGAACUUGACAUGACUCGAUCUUCUCAGUAGUACCCCAGUUUACUGCUGAGAAGAUCAGUUCCCCAGUUUAGUAUCCCCAGUUUACCAUUCAUUUUGUUGGGAUUGCCCUCCAUUCAUCCAUCAGUAGAUCAGUUCAGAUUUCAUGGUUCAUGCAACUGAUACACAACAAACAAUACGCGUGGCUACUGUCACUCUCAUUUGCAGAAACAUCAAUCAAGGCGAAACAUCUGAACAAAAAUAUUACAUAGAAGAGAAUCUAUCGGCAUUCUCAUUCACACGGUAUUGCUCUCUUUUCUUCUGCAGCCCCAGGUGGAAACUAAGAGCUUUCCUGCAGAGCCCAUCUUUCCUCUCGUUUCAAACUCUGAUGGGAGCUAUCUCCUAGGCGGAGGCUCUUCUGGAAAUAUUUACAUCUGGGAGGUGCGUUCUGGAUUCUUUGAUACACCUAAACCCACAAAUGUCCACUUGUUUCGCGAAGUUUUCACCAUUUGCCAGGUAGACUUGAUCUUGUAUCGGUGUUGGUUAAAGUGAUUGAAUAUUUCUUGUAUUUCUCAAGAUUCUCAGCGGUAAGUUGCUUAAAAGGUGGCAAGCUCAUUACAUGGCUGUCAGUUGCUUGGUGUUCUCAGACGACGAGUCUCUUAUUAUAUCUGGAUCUGAUGAUGGUAGUGUUAGAGUCUGGUCUCUCAUGAGGUAAUUUAUUGCGCUCUCUUGAUGUCUGUUCGACAAAUAUUUACGUUGAUAUCUAAUCUUUGAGGCUAUAAAUGCAGACUAUUUGACAAGAGGGAGAAUGAAGUGGUGAAGGAUCCCUUUCUUUACAGUUUCCAAGAGCACAUGUUACGUGUCACUGACAUUGUCUCAGGUUAUGGACUAUGCAACUCGAUUGCAAUUUCGUCAUCAGAGGACCGGACAUGCAAGGUACCAUGGGCUGUGGUUCUCUAUGAGUAAUAUCUGUCUGGGUCGCACAUUCUAGUCAUCUGCUUUGGAAUAUCACGUAGUACAUGCGAUAUUUAUGCAUGUUGUGCUCUAGAAAUGUUUAUGAUACAAAUUAUAGACAAAAGGAAAAUCUUGGUCAUAAAAUCAAAAUGUCACUGGUGAUUAAUUACUGUUGUUUACUGUAACAUACAAAAAUUUUCAACCUUUUUUUUAAUUUUUCCUCGAGAGUUGUUGUUACGGAAUAUAUGCCAAAGUGAAGUUUGGGCAGCUCGGUAUUCUACCGAAACUAAAAGUUUCGUCUUCAAAAGUUUUGCGUUCCUGGUUGAUUGUGACUUAUAUUGAUUAAAAUCCACUUCCUUACUGCUUGUUGAAGUGAUGAAAACCCUCUUAAAGUAAUGCAGUUUCUUUGGCCAAUUCACAUACGCAUGCCAUUAACGCUAUGAGUUGGCACAGUAUACGCGAGUUGUCACAUUUACAUUUAAUUGGGAAACAAAUAGACCCAAGUCACUUAUUUGAUUGUGAUUUUUUAUGAUUCCUUUUAAUGCGUUUUUUACUCGAAUGUAAUUGGGGUUAUCAUUUUAUAGGAUUUAUUGGAAAAUACUUACGACUUUGAUUCUUGUCACGUAUGUCCUUUUGUCAUUUAAACAUUAAUGCAACAUUUUCUUCAUUGAUAUCUUAGGAGCAUCCAGUUAUACUUGUUUUUUCUCAUAAUGAUAACUAGCAGUGACGAUCUCCAGAUAUCUUGAUUCAUUUUUGGGUGGUCCAUCUGUUGCUGAAAGAGUUUUACAUCACAUUGUACCUUAUUUCAGGUUUGGAGUUUAUCAAAGGGUAAAAUGUUAAGGUCAAUUACAUUUCCAUGCAUCAUGAAUGCUAUUGCAUUGGAUCCUGGGGAACACGUAUUUUAUGGCGGUGGAAGAGAUGGGAAAAUCUAUGUUGCUGCGCUUACUGCGGAUUGUACUUCUACUGGAACUUAUGAGAAGCAUAUUGUUAGCUGUCUGAGCGAGCACAGGUUAUUACUUCCACUUGUUUUGUUGAUGUAUUAGUUUUGACAUUAUGCUUUGUUUGAUGACGUUUUUGUUUUUUUUUAAAAGCUGGUUCCAUGCCUGUCUUCAUAAGUUAAAGGUUAAGGAGGAUGCGCACAAGAAUAUGCUAAUUCUUUAGACGCUCGUCCAUUGUCUCUAUCCAUUUCCGUUCCCCAGUCUCAUCCUACAUCUUCUUCUGAUUCAACAAGGCUCCCUCAGCCUUUGAAUAUCACUCAUUAAUGCACACAUGCAUCGGUGGUUUAAUCAUUUUUCUUGUCCCGCUAAUAUUAAUUUAUCUUGUUUCAGGAACUCUUGUGAUUAGUUUUAGCAUCUACUGUGUGCGGGGGGGGGGGGUGGAUACUACCGGUUUCCUGUUUUCUUGGAUUUUUAUUUUUUUUUGGGGGUCAAUUCUAAUCCUCUGAUCUUCCUCACUCCUGCAGUAAGGCUGUUACAUGCCUUGAGAUCACCAAAGAUGGAGUUACAUUGGUGUCGGCAUCAGAGGAUGGCACUGUUAGGGUCUGGGAUAUUAAAAGUCAACAGGUUAUCCGCGUACUAAAGCAUUCAAAAGGUAAUAUCUAUGAGCAUAUUUCUUAGUGUGUGAACCAGUGUAGACAUUCUGAUGCAUCUCAGCUAAACAUUAGCCAUUGCAUCACAGGUCCAAUCAACAAUAUUGUUAUUGUCCGGCAACCAAUGGAUAUGCUUUCUCAGACUUCAACGAACGGAGAAAUAUCUUGUUCAAAGCGUCAACGUUUGUCAAACCUACCACCAUUGGAUAAAUAUGUUGAUUCAACAGGAACCCCCAACGUUAGACUAGUUUCCACCAUCCAGACGUCUUUUGAUGAGCCACUGGAGAGUAGAUAUUGCAGUUCCCGCUCCAUGGUGAAGCAGAUCAGAGAGCUUCAGGUUUCUUCCGCCACUAUUUUGACAUUAUUUUCCUUCAGAAAAUUCAUAUAUUUCGAAAAAGAGAUUUUUCCUAGAUUGUUCAUCUGUUUGCGCAGAGAAUUGCUUAUUUAAUUUAUUUCGUCUUUAAUUUAUUGCAUUCAUGGUAAUGCGGGGCCAAUUUCUUGGGGGUGCGAAGUUCCUUAAAUAUUGCAUUUAGUAUUAUCCAUUUUCUUAAUGUUUCAGUGAUAUAUUUUAGACGUGGAAAUCUGGAAAUUAUGGAAAUGGAUAGAAAAUUGUGACGAUGAUAAACUGUAUGACAUCGCUCUCUUUUCAAAAACUGAAUCAAUUAUAGUAUUGAGAAGCAUAUUACAGGAUGUUUCUGUUCACUAAAUUUAUUCACUGAAUCAAAUUCUAUCAUUCCAAUUUCACUAAGUACUUUUCGAGUGAGAUCUUCUUGCAUCUUAUUGCUCAAUGUCCCCUGUUUAUGGGAUCGCUUACUCUGUUCUGAUAUUGUUUGCGGGGUUAAGUUCUACGCCAUGAGUAUAUCUAUGCUGUUCGGUGUUCGUGGUCGUUGACUUUCACCGAUGCCACCCAUCCGGUCUCGUCUUAGAAAAACACCCUUCUGGGUUUGUGAUCGGCCCCUUAUUUUUCUUACCUUCAGCAGCGGAGCUCCUCUGGCGCAGUGGAACUGGAGCUGGAGCGGCUCAGGGAAGAGCACCGGGUGUCAUUGCAAAUGCUCCAGCGGAGGAAGAAACUGUUUGAGGACUUGUGGAAGGUUCACGUGGACAAGCUCCUGGACGGGGACGAAGCAAGCGUUGGCCAUUCGUCGUGA